AUGUACAGGUUGUUAUUUAUAUUGGCAUUGAACCUGUAUACUGUACAUUCAUGUGAAGUUUGUGAGCCUUGCGAGUGUAAUGUUAUCAAGUUCCACAGAAGGUUUUUAUGCACAGCUAAUUGUUCUAGUCGUGGUCUAACUUCGAUUCCAGGUACACUUCCAAGCGAGAUAGAAGUGAUUGAUUUAUCUUACAACGACAUUCAUAGUGAAGAUUUGGAACGAUUAAAACUAUUCACAGAAUAUCUUGCGGAUCUGAACCUUUCAUAUAACAACAUAACAUAUCUUCCACCUCGAUCCUUGUCAACAGCCUCCCAGCUUAAUGUACUCAACCUUGAUGGAAAUGUAUUGGAGAAGGUUGACAGUACUUCAUUUGGACAUUUGAAACAGUUACACAAACUGAUAGGGAUACAUGCAAAGACAUUUGAAGAGAACACGUUUGAUAAUUUGGAAGGAUUGAAUGAUAUGUCUAUCGUUUUUGGUAGUAAAGAAGUCAUGACUGUUAUGAUAGAUGGCGUCAAAUCACUACCUAGAAAUCUGUUCGAUAAACAACAGAGCUUGAAACAUUUGUCUUUAAAUAACAUUGAGGAUCUCAUCUUGCCGAAGUCUGAGUCCCAAGUCGACACACUAGAUCUUUCUGGAAGUACAUUAUAUCGAAUAUCGGCUGAUUGGUUUAUUGGCUUUAAAAAUUUACGGUUUUUAAACUUGAGUCGGACAAAACUGAUUGAAGUCAACAACGAUACUUUAAUGUCACUUUUAUCGCUAACGGUAUUAGAUUUAUCAUAUAACAAUAUUACAAACCUCCCAGAUGCCUUAUUCAAAUCCUCACAGAAUACUAUAGUAGCAUUUAACGUAAGUCGUUUAUUUAGAAAUGCCCGAUCUCUCAGAAGACUGGAUAUCUCUGGAAACAAAAUACAAACAUUGCCACAUGACUUCUUUGAAACAAUCCGCUUUCUUGAAUUUGUAUCAUUAGAUGACAACCCUGUUCAUUGUGACUGUCCUCUUAUGUUGAUACGAGACAGCAUGCCGAGACUUAAUUUAAUUGGAAAAUCAAACCAUCUUCAUCCGUCCAUAGUUCAAAUAUUUAAUCGGGACACACCUGAACAGGCUAUAGGGAAUGAUUUCUAUGAUACAUUCCUCGGAACCAGUGCUUUUUAUAUUGCUAUUGGUUGCGUAGCUGCGGUGUUCCUUGGAGCUUUAGUUGGAGUUGCUGUUGUCAUGGCACGUCGAAAAUUGAGAAGCAGAGCCUAUGAAGUAAGUGAGACCACUGAAAUACCGAAUGAUGAUAUUGCUAUGGCUUUACGGCAUGUUCAUGAAGAAGAUGAAACAUUGCAUUUGUAA